UCACUAGCGUGAUAAAAUGAUCCAUCAUCUACAGUAGGUAGGCAGGCAUUUGAUAAUCCUAAAGUUGACUGUGGAGAGAAUUUCAUAACAUGACUUCUGCAGUAGAGGAAAAAGAGCUACAAGAGAGACUGAGAGAAGCUGCUGCUUUGGGAGAUAUUGAGGAAGUUCAGCGAUUGGUGGAUUUUGGAGUGAGUGUGAACUCUCAGAAUGAAAUCAACGGCUGGACUUGCUUGCACUGGGCCUGUAAACGAAACCAUGCCCUGGUGGUGGCAUACCUUCUAGAGGCUGGUGCAGAUAAAGACAUUCUCACUAUUAAAGAAGAAAAAGCACUCCAGUUAACAUCCAAAAGGGAAAUUAGGAAGAUGCUGGGAGUGGAAGAUGUUGAUGAGCUUUUAGAUGUGAAGAAAGACUUGCCAAUUAUCCCGAAUUAUUUAUCUAACCCGCCUUUUCCUUAUGUGUACAACUCCAUGAGUAACAGCACUUCCAGCACCUCAGCUUCCUCUUUGAAUGGAAGACUUUCUCCUUCUUUACAAAAACACAACAUGGACCCUCCAGUUUCUCUGCCUCCAGCACAGACAUCUGCCACAGAAGUAUUGCAACAUGGAAAGUCUUCUGUAGGAUGUGAUGGAGACGUGGCGAAAGCAAUCGCUAUAGAAUGCCUGGAGCCCGUUGUUCAGAAUGGUCAUGCUCAUCAGCUCUCUAUUCCUCCAAGCUGGACACACUGUUCCCCAGCUGGAUCUACACAACCAGAAACCCAGAAACCCAGUGGCCCUUACGCAGGAGCUGUCCCAACGUUUCAGCCCUUCUUCUUUACCGGAGCAAUUCCCUUUAAUAAUAUGCAAGAAUUGGUACUUAAGGUCAGAAUUCAGAAUCGUGCCCUGAAGGAGAAUGACUUCAUUGAAAUUGAAUUGGAUCGACAAGAAUUGACGUACAAAGAACUGCUCCGGGUGAGCUGCUGUGAAUUGGGAGUUAAUCCCGAACAUGUGGAGAAAAUCAGGAAGCUUCCAAAUACUGUAUUAAGAAAGGACAAAGACAUCUCAAGACUUCAAGAUUUCCAAGAACUGGAGCUUGUUCUAAUGAUGAGUAAUAAUGAUUUUAUGUUUAAAAAUGUAGCACCAACACUGACUGAAAGGCCUUGUUAUAACAAGAAGGCAUCAAAACUAACUUACUAA